CCACCCGGAAGUGGUAGCGCGGAAGCAGGUGGCGCACAUCCUGGUCGUUUGACAACACUCGCCGUUUUUUCUGUCAAGAGAAAAACAAACAUGUAAUGUCUGUUCUCGCUGCGACGGUUGUGUCCGUGUGAGACUCGUGUCCUGACUCUCGGGACGGAGCAGACAAACUACAGGACUCAUUGUUUUUGCUAAUGGACGCGUUGCUGUGCGUUUUCCCUCUGCCGUCGUUCUGCGCGUUAGCCUCGUCGGCGGAGAUGAGUGCGGCCAUGUAGCUGAUGUGGAGCUCUGCUGUGCAACAACCUCCGACUUGUCCCAGCUGCGAGUGUGUGAGCCCCGAGAGGAAGAAGAACCACAGGCCUCCUCUGCUGCCCACUUGGAAACACUGAGCAGUGUGUGUGUGUUGUUGUUGUUGUUGUUGUCGUCGUCGUCGUUGUUGUUGUUGUCAUUCGCUAACGCGCCGCAGAGGGAGGGAGACACGCGUGACGGUACAAUGAGUUUCUUCAGUUUCGGACAAAGUGCAGAGAUCGACGUGGUGCUGACCGACGCCGAGACGAGGAAGAAGGCCGAGCACAAGACCGAGGACGGGAAGAAGGACAAGUACUUUCUGUUCUACGACGGCGAGACCGUCGGUGGGAAGGUGAACGUGACGCUGAAGAACCCCGGCAAGAGGCUGGAGCACCAGGGCGUCAAAGUCGAGUUCGUUGGCCAAAUAGAGCUGUAUUACGACAGAGGAAACCAUCAUGAGUUUGUUUCCCUGGUGAAAGAUCUUGCGAGACCUGGUGAAAUAACUCAGUCGCAGACCUUCGACUUUGAGUUCACUCACGUUGAGAAGCCCUACGAGUCCUACACAGGCCAGAAUGUCAAGCUACGAUAUUUUCUUCGUGCCACAGUGGUCCGAAGACUAAAUGACAUCAGCAAGGAGAUGGACAUCGUGGUCCACACACUGAGCACUUACCCCGAACUCAACUCCUCCAUCAAAAUGGAGGUUGGAAUUGAAGAUUGUCUCCACAUCGAGUUUGAGUAUAACAAAUCCAAGUACCAUCUGAAAGAUGUAAUUGUGGGAAAAAUCUAUUUCCUGCUGGUGAGGAUUAAGAUCAAGCACAUGGAGAUUGACAUAAUCAAACGUGAGACAACCGGCACCGGCCCGAGUGUUUACCAUGAAAACGACACUAUUGCCAAGUACGAGAUCAUGGACGGCGCUCCGGUCAGGGGGGAAUCCAUUCCCAUCCGAUUAUUUCUGGCUGGCUAUGAUCUGACUCCCACCAUGCGAGACAUCAACAAGAAGUUCUCUGUGCGCUACUACCUGAACCUGGUGCUGAUCGAUGAGGAGGAGAGACGCUACUUCAAACAGCAGGAAAUCACACUGUGGAGGAAAGGUGACGUGGUGAGGAAGAGCAUGUCUCACCAGGCCGCCAUCGCCUCUCAGAGGUUCGAGGGCUCGGCCGCGUCAGAGAGCGCGCUGGAACAAGCUGCAAAGGAGGAGAGCGGGUAAGAGUCGCUGACUUCCUCUCCCCUCGCACAAGACUCAUCGGCGUCUGCGUUGGAGUAGCGAAGGUAACCGUCGACUGAACAACAUCUCGUCAAGCGGCUGUUUUAUUAGCUGGUAAAAAAGGAGGAAGAAGGGAGACCGACAUACAGUAUGUGACCGAUGAAACCAUUGAAACGCAAGAGGCAUUCAAGGGGGUGUCGGGCUGCUGGUCUUGACCUUCAUCAUUCAUUUUUUUCUUCAUAGGAAUCAAACUAAUCACCUGUCACAAUGUCCACUGUGUGAAAUGUUUCAUGUGAAAUUUUCGUGGAUUUGUAAGCCUUUUGUUUGUAACAUUCUCACGUUUUUUGGGGGGGGGAUACAUUUCAUCUCUUUAUUAACGCAACUGAAUUGUCAUGAAUUUCCAUCGAAAUACAUCUCCGACAUUCCACGUUUAGUGAAUGCAUAGCUAACAUUGUUAGAUGGUGCAGACAUCUGAGAUAACUUUGCACCGCUAUAUCUUGCUGAACACAUUUUUUUCUUUUUGGGUCCGUGUCGUGUGCUUGCAUAAAAAAGUUGUAAGUGGAAGUGGGAAGUGGAAUCUUUUUCUUUUUUGACCUUUUUAUUUGUUCAAAGUAUUAUGCCACACAUUGAGUUAAAAACCUGUGAAUAAGACCAGAUAAACCCUGUUUCCCUGUUCCAGCGUGUGUACACUGAUUAUACAGUACACAGUGCCACAAAAUGACCGUUCAUGCUCAUAUGCUUUACCUCAGCAUUCCAGCGGUGUUAGGAAAGAGUGUCCAAGUGUUUGAUAAUAUGAAGUCCUCUUUAACCCUUUUUAUUAGACUUGGAAUUUGUGCCUAAGUGUAUCAAGCAAAUGAAAUCCUCCUGCCUCUAACAUAAUUUUAGUCUUUUAACCAGAGAAAAGUUACUGUAGAACUAUAUCUUUUGCAAAUGCUAAUGACUUACUCCUUGUCCCCAAAAGUCAAAUAAAUUGAUGCCAAAUGGGAAAAGAAA